AUGUCCGCCACUAUGAGGUCGGCCCGACUGGUGCGCAACAGCACGACAUUGCGCCCGACACUGGCUGCCCGCACUCGUGCUAGUGCGUUGGGCCCGGCCUCGCUGGCUGCGGCCAACAGCCUCCUGUUCAGCGGUCGCGGCAUCCCAUCGCAAGUGUCUGCUCUUGCGAUUUUGCUUCCCCAGCGUGGCUAUGCAACUGAGCACAACAAGUCGACUUCAUCCCAAUCAUAUCCUCCGCCCGGAUUCAAUGCCGAGCAAGCAAAGAAGCCGCUCCCGCAAGACCAAGCACAGUCCCAGACCGUCACCAAGCCUGCCAUUUCUCAAGCUCCGCUAUCCGAUAUCGCCAAGACACCUGCAAAGGGCAUGUCGACGAAGUCUGUCGUAACAGAGGAGACUAAGAGUGUGGCCGAAGAGAAGAAGGAGGCAAAGAAAUUGACCAUCGGUCAGAAGAUCAAAAAGGAGGUGCAGCACUACUGGGAUGGCACCAAACUACUUGGAACGGAAGUUAAGAUUAGUUCGCGGUUGGCAUUCAAGAUGGCGGCUGGUUAUGAACUCAGUCGCCGAGAGCAUCGUCAGCUGCAACGUACUGUCAAGGAUCUCGGUCGCCUGGUCCCCUUUUCCAUGUUCAUUAUUGUUCCAUUUGCCGAGCUUCUGCUUCCCAUCGCUCUGAAGAUGUUCCCCAACCUCCUUCCCAGCACAUAUGAAGGCCAGAAGGCACGCGAGACUAAGGCAUUAAAUCUGAGUUCGACCCGCAAGGAGGUCUCCGGCUUCUUGCGUAAUACUCUACGGGAGACUGGUCUGCCAUUGACUGCGGCCACUGUCAAGAACGAAGAGUUUGCCGACUUCUUCCGCAAGAUUCGCACCACGGGCGAGUCGCCCUCCACCGAAGACGUCAUUAAGGUCUGCAAGAUCUUCAAGGAUGAUCUGACUCUGGACAAUCUGUCGCGCCCGCAGCUGGUUGCCAUCUGUCGGUACAUGAACCUGAACUCUUUCGGUACUGAUGCUAUGCUGCGUUACAACAUCCGUCACCGCAUGCGCCAGAUUAAGCGUGACGAUCGGGCCAUCUCCUUUGAGGGUGUGAACUCGCUCUCCGUGCCCGAGCUGCAAAUGGCCGGCGCCUCUCGCGGCAUCCGCACACACGGAAUGUCUCCUGCACGUCUGCGUGAGGACCUCUCCAUGUGGCUGGACCUGCGCCUGAAGCAAGGUGUCCCGUCCACCUUGCUGGUGCUCAGUAACGCCUACAUGUAUACCCAGGGUGGCAAAGAGUCUGAGAUGGCCUCGCAGAUUGAUGCGCUCAAGUCUGUGUUGUCGAGCAUCCCUGAGGAGCUCUUCCACGAGAUCGAGCUGGAAGUGCACAAUGCUGAGGGCGCCGCGACUAACAAGCAGCGUCUUGAGGUCAUCAAGGAGCAGGAGGAGCUGAUCGAGGAGGAGAAUGAGCAGAACAGUGAGAACGAGGGCAAGGGCGUUGCCGCGCCGAAGGACACCGAGGACAUCGAUGAGAAGGAGGAGCACAAGAUUGAGGCUGCCUCCGAAGGUACGGAAAAGCAGUCCACCGAGGCAACUGAGGCCAUGGCCGAAGGCGCCAAAGCUGAGGAGGUCUCCAAAGACGACAAAAAGCCCAACCAGCAGUCGUAG